GACUGUGAAGGACGGUGCCGGACCAUCGUAUUCCUCUUAUCCCGAGGAACCUCAGACUGUGCGGGACGGUGCCAUCUUUCCAACACAUAGGAGGUUUUCCUGUAGUGAGUGCGGGAAGUGUUUCCGUUAUAAAUCCAUACUUAAUAGGCAUAAAAGAUCUCACACAGGAGAGAAGCCAUAUUCCUGCCGUGUGUGUGGGAAAAGUUUUUCAGAUAUGUCCAAUUUCUACAGGCAUCAGAGAUCACACACGGUCGAGAAGCCGUAUUCCUGCCCUAAGUGUGGGAAAUGUUUUUCAGAUAAGUCCAGUUUUUCUAAACACCAGAGAUUGCACACGGGAGAGAAGUCGUGUUCCUGUCUUGAGUGCGGAAAAUGUUUUUUACGGGAAUCCCACCUUAUUAGACAUAUGAGAUCUCACACAGGAGAGAAGCCGUAUUCUUGUACUGAUUGCGAGAAAUGUUUUUCUCGGAAAUCCCAUCUUAAUAGACAUAUGAGAUUGCACACAAUUAAGAAGCCCUAUUCCUGUACUGAGUGCGGGAAAUGUUUUGUUCAAAAAUCAGAACUUGACGCACAUCAGAUGUCUCACGCGGGGGAGAAGCCGUUUUCCUGUUCUGAAUGCGGGAAAUGUUUUUCACAUAAGUUCAAACUUUCCAUACAUCAGAGUUUGCAUACAGGGGAGAAACGACAUUCCUGUCCUGAGUGCGGAAAGUGUUUUCGUUUUAAGUAUGGUCUUACUGUUCAUAUAAAACGUCACACAGGAGAGAGAGCAUAUUCCUGUCCUGAGUGUGGGAAGUGUUUCUACACUCAAGCCACACUUAAACUUCAUAAAAGGUCUCACACAGGUGAGAAGCCGUAUCCCUGUCCUGAGUGUGGGAAGUGUUUCCCCAGUAAAACCCGUCUUGAUGAGCAUAAAAGAACUCACACAGGUGAGAAGCCGUAUCCCUGUCCUGAGUGCGGAAAAUGCUUCAGUUUGAAAACCACUCUUAAGGUACAUAAAAAAACUCACACAGGUCAGAACUUGUAUACUUGCCCUGAGUGUGGGAAAAGUUUUACACAGAAGUCCAAUCUUACCUUGCAUCAGAGAUUGCACACGGGGGAAACGCCCUAUUCCUGUCCCAAGUGUGGGAAAUGUUUUUCUCGGAAGUUCUGUUUUACCAACCAUCUGAGGUUUCACGCGAGGGUGAAGCCGUAUUCCUGUCCUGAGUGCGGCAAAUGUUUUACAGAGAAUUCACAUCUUCAGAUACAUCAGAGAAUUCACACGGGGGAGAAGCCGUAUUCCUGUCCUGAGUGCGGGAAAGGUUUUAUAGAGAAGUCACAUCUUCUCAACCAUCAGAGAUCGCACACAGUGAAGAGGGAGUUUCCCUGUCCUAAAUGCGAUAAAUGUUUUAAAACGAAGUACAACCUCAACAAACAUCAGGAAUCGCACACGGCGGUAGAUCCACUUUACUUUUUUAAUUGGCAGAAGUCUAACCCACAGAAGUCCUCUGUUUACAGUCAUCUGAGAUUGGACACGGAGGAGAAUGAACUUUCCUGGUCUGAGUGAGGGAAAUGUUCCUCACUGAAGUCCUGUCUUCCUGUACAUCGGGGG